AUUGAAUACGAUGCGCAUUACACUCAGCUUAAUUUCCUGAAGACUCUGAGCAACUAUGCGAACCAGAACGUCACAUACGCUUGCCGCAAAUCCAAGGCUUGGGAAGACGGCCAGCACUCCAUCAAACUAAUGGGCUCCAACGAAAUGCAGUAUCAUGCUACUUCCAAGAUUUCCCUUAGGCCUAACGUCAUCACCAAUGAAUGCACAGUAAGUUGACAAUUUGCCCGUUCCUUUGUUAGAAAUAAACCUCCUUUCACAAUCCACGGUCUUGAACAACACUGUUACGGAUAUAACCUGGGUAUACGCCCCGACAGACCAGUAACACCAAUGAGCCCCCACCCCCUACCCCUGAGCAAUAUGAUUCGCUUCUCUUCAGGGCUCCUCAGGCAACGGCAUUUUUGUGAGCGAACACUGAAUUAGGUUGGGGCGGGGGACAAGGGAGUGGGGUACCUCCAUAUGAUUUUUUAGCUAAACACGCGAGAGGAAGCAUUUUGAAUUCAAAACUAGCCUGUUCAGGCUUUCCUAUUUGGAGCCGCGAGGGCCCCCCGCAUUCGCGGCUCCUCUCGCGUGCUUCUCGCGCUUCUACUUUUCACGAUAUCCCCCAGAUGGAGAGCUUGUUCGCAGGCUAAUUCAAAACAAGCUAUUUUCCCAAGAAGUUUUGUCCAAGAUUGCGGUUAAAGAACCACUGAAUCAGCCUCGGUAUGACACUGUUGCGGGGAAGAUUCUUGGGACGCUUAAAAAUAUAAGUGGAUGAGGAAAUCCGAACAAUUAUUCAAGUAGAACCAGCCUUUAAAACUUAACGCCUUGUUGGCUGCACCACAGGAAGUUCAUUUUGAAACAGUGCAAAGUAACUUGUUAAAAGAUGUUCGUCAUAACGGAGUUACGUUAAGGCCGUGGGGGACACCUAUCUAUAAAUAAAUUCAUAAGGAAAAUUUUUGCUUGUGCUACAUCUUUUACAACGCUUAUACCUUGGCCGGUUUAGAGUCGAUUUAGAUAAAAUUUUACAGAGACAUUGUGGAAUGAUGGACGUUUAGUAGGUUUGUUUUUAAUUUGGUAGAUCACGCUUUACGGCAAUGCUUUAGUUUAAGCCGCAGUUGUACCAAAUUGGGAAAUCGUGAUUUUGUGUCCAAGUUUGCGGAAAGAAUAGAAGACGGCACUCUCUGAUUCUACCAAUAAAUGGUCUGUCAAAACCUCUAUUGUAUCAUGUAUAUCGUUUAAAUGAGCAAAAUCUGUCAUUCCUGAAAUUAACGCCUUAUAUCGUUUUAUGAAAGCGCUCUAUUAGAAUUCCGCUCAAUGCAUGACACAUUUCAGUCUACCAAGUUUACCCCUCUGCAUUGCCAGCUCAUUCAUCAGUGACUAGAGGCCAAUAAUAUCUUGUUAUUUUGGGGUCAUAGUGGUUCCGUUAUAUUGUGCUGGUGCGUUAUUUUAUACCCUCGAGUGUCGUCUUACUCUGACGCUUAAUAAUUACAGGACACCAAAAACACCAACAAAUGGGGUAAAACAGUUUUAGAGAUCGACACAAGAGAGAAGAGUAGGCUACCAAUCGUGGACGUGGCAGCAUAUGACAUCGGUGGAAAAGACCAGGACUUCAAACUUGUAAUUGGACCAGCGUGCUUCCAUCACGUAAAGGCGUAG